CUUAGGCUGCGCAGCCGCCAACUGUCCCAAACAAACAAAACAAAAUACUCUCUCUACUCUUGCGAAAUAAAAACCACAUAACAUAACUAAUAAAUCACUUGUCUCUUUCCAAUCUCUCUCUCCCCCCUCUCUCAGGUGGAGAAGCCUCUGUCUUCUGUACUCUCUGAAACCAAAGGCCACACCAAUACACACAAGAACUAGAACAAGCACACAAACCUCUGUUCUGUUAAGAGAUUAUGGCAACUAUAAACCAUAUUUGUACGAGAAUGUCAUCAAGGAAUUACUUGUCUGAUAUUUCUGUUUUCGAUUCAUCAAUUAAUAGUAGUAGUAGUAGUAGUAGAAGAAGAAGAAAAAUGAGUUUUGACUCUCAAAACCCAAUCUUUGCUAUUAGAUCGAUGGCCAUAACCGAGCAGAAUCCUCACAAAGGCAGUCUUUCUUCUCAAAACGGACCUUUAACUUCCGACAAUUUGAAUACCGCUACUGUUGAGGUUCUGAGUAUACAUUCAAAUGCUCAAAGAAAAACAAAAAUAGUAUGUACAAUUGGUCCUUCUACAAGCUCACGCGAAAUGAUAUGGAAACUAGCAGAAGCUGGAAUGAAUGUGGCUCGUCUGAAUAUGUCUCACGGAGAUCAUGCUUCCCACCAGAAAACUAUUGAUCUUGUUAAAGAAUUCAAUGCUCAAUCUCACGAUAAUGUUGUUUCCAUAAUGCUUGAUACUAAGCUUGUCCGAAAGACAAUUAACAGAAGUGAAGGUAUGAGGUGCGUACCAGAAAAAGGUCCUGAGGUUAGAAGUGGCGAUGUGCCUCAACCACUUAUGCUGAAGGAGGGACAAGAAUUUAAUUUCACUAUUAGAAGAGGAGUCAGCACACAAGAUACUGUUAGCGUAAAUUAUGAUGACUUUGUGAAUGAUGUGGAGGUUGGGGACAUACUAUUGGUGGAUGGUGGAAUGAUGUCGUUAGCUGUGAAGUCAAAGACAAGUGAUUUGGUUAAAUGCGUAGUGGUUGAUGGUGGAGAACUAAAAUCGAGGCGUCAUUUAAAUGUGCGUGGCAAAAGCGCAAAUCUGCCUUCAAUUACAGACAAAGAUUGGGAAGAUAUCAAAUUUGGGGUGGACAACCAAGUUGAUUUCUAUGCUGUCUCCUUUGUGAAGGAUGCUAAAGUAGUCCAUGAGUUGAAAGAAUAUCUCAAAAGAUGCAAUGCUGACAUUCAUGUGAUUGUAAAAAUUGAAAGUGCCGACUCCAUACCGAAUCUUCAUUCUAUAAUUUCUGCAUCUGACGGGGCGAUGGUUGCUCGUGGAGACCUUGGUGCUGAGCUGCCAAUUGAGGAAGUACCUUUGUUGCAGGAAGAUAUCAUUAGAAGGUGCCACAGUAUGCAGAAACCAGUGAUUGUAGCUACAAACAUGCUGGAAAGCAUGAUUAAUCAUCCUACACCAACAAGGGCAGAAGUCUCAGACAUAGCAAUUGCAGUACGUGAAGGUGCUGAUGCAGUCAUGCUUUCUGGAGAAACUGCCCAUGGAAAGUAUCCACUGAAAGCUGUUAGGGUCAUGCAUACAGUAGCAUUGAGGACAGAGUCAAGUAGUCCAGUUAACACAACACCACCAGCUCAGGGCGCCUAUAAGGGCCAUAUGGGUGAAAUGUUUGCUUUCCAUGCCACAAUUAUGGCGAACACUCUUAAUACACCAAUCAUUGUCUUCACAAGAACGGGGUCCAUGGCUGUACUCUUAAGUCAUUAUCAACCUGCAUCAACAAUAUUUGCCUUCACAAAUGAAGAGAGGAUUAAGCAGAGACUUUCACUUUAUCGGGGUGUCAUGCCAAUAUACAUGCAGUUCUCAAGUGACGCAGAGGAGACCUUCUCACGAGCACUACAACUGUUACUGAACAAGGGUCUCCUGGUAGAAGGUGAGCAUGUUACUCUCGUCCAGAGUGGAGCGCAACCUAUCUGGCGUCAAGAAUCUACUCAUCACAUCCAAGUUCGCAAGGUCCAGAACUGAUUUUAUGCCUGUAAAGGUUUUCUGUUGGACACAUGUCACUUUUGAAGUAGGUGGUAUUUGUGUGAAAAAUAUUUAUUAUUGUUUAAUAACCGGUGAUUUUUUCAACUACAAAUUUUAAAGUUUGUAAUCAGUUUGAAAUCAGAAAUGAAAAGUAUUCACCAGAAAUGUUUAAAUGGA